GGCUUCCUGUCAGCACUGUCCAUUCCUGCGUUGUGGCAACACGAGAUUCCGAUUCCGGAAUUUAAUUUAACAUUGAGAUAAACCCAUUGAACAACCAGCGAUGCAUCCCGAUCUCACGGAGCGUAUACUCCAGCACCUAGAGACCGCCGAUAAGGUGGACACUUUGGACUUGGCCGCUCUAUUUGCCGAGGAUCAUCAGAAGAUUGUUGGCGCAUUGAAAAGCAUCCAGGCGCAUGGCGACCUGGUCAUUGCUGAAACGACCACGCAUAAGAGUCUAGGACUCACGGACGAAGGUUGCGCAUUCGUUGAACACGGCAGUCAUGAGGCUCUGGUGUAUGCCUUAGUACCUCCGGAGGGAAUUGCCCAAGCAGCUCUUAUGGAAGCCGGUGGGCCAAAUGCCAAGGUGGGCUUCAGCAAAGCCAUGUCGCACGGAUGGAUUCUUGUGGACAAGACCGUCAGCCCGCCGUUGGUACGUUGCAAGGUGGAUACCAUAACGGAUGUGGUGAGAAGCCAACUAGAGCAGGUGGCUCAAGGGAAGGGCGAACAACUACCUACCAAGGUGGUGACCGACUUUAAGAAACGCAAACUUCUCCAGGAAACGACCACAAAGAGCUUUGUCCUUUCUCGCGGCCCAGAAUUCGCCACCACUCUUACCAAGCUAGAGACAGAUCUCACAGUGGAAAUGCUCGCCAGCGGUUUAUGGGAUCAGCUUAAGUUCAAGUCAUAUAACUUUGAUGCCUUAGGUGCGCCGCCAACGCGCGGUCAUCUCCACCCAUUGCUCAAAGUGCGCACUGAGUUCCGGCAAAUAUUCCUCGAGAUGGGCUUUUCUGAAAUGCCUACUAACAAUUAUGUGGAGUCAUCUUUCUGGAACUUUGAUGCGCUCUACCAGCCGCAGCAGCAUCCGGCUCGUGAUGCCCACGACACCUUCUUUGUGAAUCAUCCGGCCAAGAGCUACAAAUUCCCUCAGGAUUAUCUGGAACGCGUAAAGAAAGUGCACUCGGUGGGUGGAUAUGGAUCCAAGGGAUACGGAUACGACUGGAAGGAGGAGGAGGCGCAGAAGAAUCUGCUACGCACCCAUACCACGGCCGUAAGUGCCAGGAUGCUUUAUAAGUUGGCCAACCAGGAAGGUGGCUUUAAACCAGCUAAAUACUUUAGCAUCGACAAGGUAUUCCGCAACGAAACACUAGACGCCACUCAUCUAGCGGAGUUUCAUCAGGUAGAAGGAGUGAUCGCAGAUGUUGGCCUAACUCUGGGCGAUCUCAUUGGCACGCUAUACGAGUUCUUUAGGAAGCUGGGCAUUACCCAGCUGGAGUUUAAGCCUGCAUACAAUCCUUAUACCGAACCCAGCAUGGAGAUCUUCUGCUAUCAUCCCGGGCUGGGCAAGUGGAUCGAGGUGGGCAACUCUGGUGUCUUUCGUCCAGAGAUGCUCCUGCCCAUGGGACUACCGGAGAACGUAAAUGUGAUCGCUUGGGGUUUGUCGCUGGAACGACCCACUAUGAUCAAAUACAGCAUCAACAAUAUACGGGAUCUAGUCGGACCCAAGGUGGAUCUGAAGAUGGUAGAGGAAGGCCCAAUCUGCCGGCUAGAUCACGCUUAAUGCAUUAAAAGCCGGAGAACCUGCGAUCAAAUUGCAUUUUUUUUCACACACAAAUGUUCCAAAAAUAUUUAUAAAUAAAAUUUCAACCACAAAAACGGAAU